UCUUCUUCACCAUUUAUGUCUAUCAGAACUGGAAUGAACUUAGAACUGUUGCCACUGAGAGCUCAGUAUGGACAAGAACAGGUGCAUGGAUCAAAACAUUUCGAUCAGAGAGAUCUGAAUUCACAUACCUUCAGGAGUGAAGGGCAGAUGACAAUGAGCAACAGGAAGAGCAAGCAGGAACCUCUCCGAAAUGCAAGUGUCCCUGCAACGCCUACCUUCAACGGUUGCCAGAGUCCAAUGAGCAUUCGACUUUCAGAUAUGAAUUGUGGUACACCAGAAGGAAUGUUUUCUGCUGAGCUGGGCAUUCAAUCUGUAGAGACACAAACAGAGGAUGCUCCCGUCAGGAUAGCUGAACUAGCAAGUGUUGAAUAAUAUGUAAGCGCAGAAGAAAAUUAGUACAAAUGGAAGUGUAGUGAUUCAAUUGCACAACCAUAGAAACUCAAA